CAAAAAACAAGCCCAACAAACAACAUCAUCAUUUUCCCCAAUUUUCUCUCUCCUCUCCUCAAACGUCGAAGAAACCUCAUACUUUCCGCAGUCUCAACUCUCCCACAAACCCAGAAAAAAGAGGAGAGAGAAAAUCCAUCCAUUAAAGCUCAAAUCACCUAAACUCAACCUCAAAUCUACACUUUUUUUGUUCUUAAUCUUAUCAAAUCAAUCGAUAAAUCGAUCAUGUAUAGAGUUGCAGCUUCUCGUACCAAAGCUCUUAAUAAGGCUCGUGGAGGCAGCAGGUAUUUGGCGCGGUAUGCCAGUUCAAGUGCUGCAGCUGUGCAAACAAACACUUCAUCGGGAUUAUUCAGCUGGAUUUUUGGGGGAAAGUCUAGUUCUGUCCCUCCGCUAGAUUUCCCAUUGGAGGGAGUAACAGUGCCACCUUCUUUGCCUGACUAUGUGGAACCGGCAAAAACCAUUGUAACUACGCUUCCGAAUGGGGUCAAGAUUGCAUCUGAAGCAUCACCUAACCCUACAGCCUCUAUUGGUCUGUAUGUUGAUUCUGGGUCGAUUUAUGAGACACCAUACUCAUUUGGCGCAACACACCUUUUAGAGCGCAUGGCAUUCAAAAGCACAACAAACCGUAGCCACCUGCGCAUUGUGCGUGAAGUGGAGGCUGUAGGAGGAAAUGUGACAGCCUCAGCUUCUCGGGAGCAGAUGGGUUACACUUUUGAUGCUUUGAAGACUUAUGUUCCUGAAAUGGUUGAACUUCUUGUAGAUUCUGUGAGGAACCCUGCAUUUUUGGAUUGGGAGGUCAAUGAGACGCUCAAGAAGCUGAAGCUUGAGGUAAAUGAAGCUUCCAACAACCCUCAGGCAUUGCUUGUGGAGGCAAUCCAUUCUGCUGGCUACUCAGGUGCCCUAGCAAACUCUCUUAUGGCUCAAGAAUCAACAAUGUUCCGAUUGGAUAGCUCUGUUUUGGAGCAAUUUGUUGCUGAGAAUUAUACUGCUCCUCGUAUGGUACUUGCUGCUUCUGGGGUUGAGCAUGAAGACCUGUUAUCUAUUGCAGAGCCUCUUCUGUCAGACCUACCUCAUGUACCACGUCCAGAAGAGCCAAAAUCUGUUUAUAUUGGUGGGGAUUACCGUUGCCAAGCAGGAUCAGGGAUGACACAUUUUGCACUGGCUUUUGAACUUCCUGGUGGCUGGCAUAAGGAUAAAGAUGCAAUGGUUAUGACUGUUCUUCAGAUGCUAAUGGGAGGUGGUGGAUCCUUUUCUGCUGGUGGUCCUGGAAAAGGAAUGUAUUCACGACUAUAUUUGAAUGUCCUUAACGAGUACCCACAAAUCCAUUCCUUCUCUGCCUUCAACAGCAUCUACAAUACCACUGGCCUCUUUGGAAUUCAAGCUACCACUGGUUCUGACUUUGUAACAAAAGCAAUUGAGAUUGCUGCUAGAGAACUCAUUGCAGUCGCAACACCUGGAGAAGUCACACAAUUACAGCUAGAUCGUGCUAAAGCAGCAACAAAGUCUGCUAUUCUGAUGAAUUUGGAAUCUAGAAUGGUUGCAUCGGAAGAUAUUGGCCGACAAAUUUUGACAUAUGGAGAGAGGAAACCGGUAGAACAUUUUUUGAAGUCCAUUGAUGAGAUCUCUACAAAGGACAUCAGUUCUAUGGCACAAAAGCUCUUAUCCUCACCUCUUACAAUGGCUUCUCAUGGCGAUGUUCUUUAUGUUCCAAACUAUGAUUCUGUAAGUGGCAUCUUCCAUUCAAAGUGAAGAAAUCCAACGAAGGACCUUUGCCAUCCUUCUCUUCUCUUCUCUUCGGUUUCCUGAACACUUCUGGAUUAUGACUUCAAGAAGCUUUUACAGGCAGGAGUUAUUUUUUGAUAAUAAAAGGAAAUUGGAGACUAUAAUUUUUUGGUAUCCUGCAUACGCAGUGUUGAGGAGCAAAUUUUCCAUGUAUUUAUCCUGUGCUAGCGUUGUUUCACAACCCCUACGACGCGUAUUUCAGCAAUUUAUGGUUGAUGUUGUAAUUCAAGACAACCUUAAUCAUACAAAAUCGUUACAUUCUUUUUCUUUGGCA